UUAUUUAUUUCCUCGAAUAAGUUAAUUAAAACCACUUUGGAAUAUUUUGAUAUUGUUAUGAUUUUUAUCGAAUACUUUAAACUUUUUCUUCAUAUAUCAAGAUCAUCGACAAUCGAAAACGAUAUGUUGUAGUAUUGAUUUUAUAAGCGCUUGGGGUUCGUACAUACGAUAGGCGCCAUUGUCAUCAAGACAGUUACAGGUAUCCUUUAAUACAAGCGAACUUAGUUUAUUUCUUGAUUCAAGGACGUCGCUUUUUAUUAUAUUUAUUCUUCAUAAUACACUUUUCAUUUUUCUAUAUUUGUCGGUAUGUAAGUUUCAUGCGCCAUUCACGUAGUAGUUGGCGCACGUCACGUGGAAAGCGCGCCUAAUUACAUAAUAUACUCAGCUCAGACGGUAUAUUACAUGCCACACCCCCUUCUGUAAUUCGUUGAUCUAAGGACAACUCGUUUGUGAAUUUUUUUUUAUGCGCGCAAAUCUUAAAUUAAAUUAACGAUCAUAAUAUAUUUUAAGGUUAUUUUAUUAUUUCUUUUUAAUAAACGUAUGGGUCAUAUAAUCUACAUAAUGUAUAACAUUGAAGCAGAUGGUUCUUUACAAGAAAACCACAAAUUAAUGUACUACAGGUUUUUUUAAUGAAGUUGAACUAUUUUGUUAAAUUCAUAUAUUUAUAUUCAAAAGUAGGAAUUAGAAGGCAUUGUUCAAGAUGACGGAAUACUGGCUUAUAUCAGCACCAGGAGAUAAAACUUGUCAACAGACAUGGGAGACUAUGAACAAUUUAACUUCAAAGCAAAAUUCUUUAUCUGAAAAUUACAAGUUUCAUAUACCUGAUCUUAAAGUGGGAACAUUAGAUCAGUUGGUUGGGCUGUCAGAUGAUCUUGGAAAAUUAGAUGCAUUCGUGGAACAAGUCACGCGUAAAGUGGCAACUUAUUUGGGAGAAGUUCUAGAAGACCAAAGAGAUAAACUGCAUGAAAAUCUUUUGGCCAAUAACAGUCAAACAUCAGUGGAUGGGGAGAGCUUGAGCCCCGAAGGGGGUCCGGACACCCCGCCAAACACACCCGUUACUCCAUCACACAAGACUUCAAGGGAGCAUCACAGGCAGUGGAAGGAGUUGGACGAGUCACAACCAGAAGCGGCCACCUGUUUAGGUCAGCAUUAUCACCAUCGUCAUCAUCACCAUGACCAUCGUUAUAGCCACUAUCAUCAGAACCAUCUAUCCAACUCUGAAAAGAAGUCAUUACAUAAUACUCAGGGUAUCAGCGAUAUUCGAACGUCGAAUGAUCCUUCGUCAGUGUAUUCAUGUUACCGUGCACGUUGGUGCACUGCUUCAACUCCUUCAACACCUACUCCAAGUCCUGGUUCUGCAAGCCCAACCCCUUCCUUUUCAUCAACCUGCAGCAGUGAAGAAGAUAACAAAUGGCAGUCAACAAUACAUCCUAGGAGUACUGAAAAAGCAGACCGAAUCAUCUCUAAUCGUGCAUCAGUUGACAAUAAUGACGAUGAUGACCAUGAUGUGGACCAAAGCGAUGACCAAGAUCAAGACCAUAGUGGCAGUUUGCCUAAUCCAGGUGAUCUACCUUCGUAUAUAACUCGAUUCCAGUGGGAUAUGGCAAAAUAUCCAAUCAAACAAUCCUUAAGAAAUAUUGCGGAUAUAAUUAGCAAACAAGUGGGGCAAAUAGAUGCAGAUCUUAAAACCAAAUCAACAACAUACAAUAACUUGAAAGGUAGCCUACAAAAUCUUGAGAAAAAACAAACAGGAAGUUUGUUAACAAGAAAUCUAGCAGAUUUAGUGAAGAAGGAGCAUUUUAUUUUAGACAGUGAAUAUUUAUCAACGUUACUUGUAAUUGUACCAAAGUCUAGCUUUCAUGAAUGGUACAGCGGGUAUGAAAAAUUAACAAAAAUGAUUGUGCCACGUAGCUCACAGCUUAUAACUGAAGACUCAGAAUAUGGAUUAUUUACAAUUACAUUGUUCAAAAAAGUUAUUGAAGAAUUUAAAUUGCAUGCCCGUGAGAAAAAGUUCAUUGUACGCGAUUUCACAUAUAACGAAGAAGAACUUGCUGCAGGUAAAAAUGAGAUUACAAAACUGGUAACUGAUAAGAAAAAACAAUUUGGAUCACUAGUACGUUGGUUAAAAGUAAACUUUAGUGAAUGUUUCUGUGCUUGGAUUCAUGUUAAAGCUCUGCGUGUAUUCGUAGAAUCUGUUCUUAGGUAUGGUUUACCAGUUAAUUUCCAAGCAAUUUUACUGCAUCCACACAAAAAAAGUAUGAAACGAUUACGUGAUGUCUUAAAUCAAUUGUAUGCUCAUUUGGAUUCUUCUGCUACAGCAUCAGGACAGAAUCAAGAUAGUGUGGAUAUACCUGGAUUAGGAUUUGGACAAAGCGAUUAUUUUCCUUAUGUGUAUUAUAAGAUCAAUGUGGAUAUGGUCGAUAGCAAGGUGUAAUAAUUCACACUUGUAAAAAUCCUUCCUUUAUAUUUCAAUUACCUUUUCACUUUUUCAGGCGACUAUUAUUAUUUAUAAAUGCAUACGAAUCAAUAUUUUAUCUUUAUGUCAAAGAUAGAAUUUUCUUUGCAUUUAUAGAAACGCCAUUGCAUUCUUAUUUUUGGUUACCAUAUAAUUGUAACAAUUUAUUCCAGAAAAUGUAAUUGUAUAAUUAUUCAUCAGAAAUCACUAUUUUUAUAGCAACUCAUAAUAUUCGAAAAUGCACAUAAAAUUUAACAUGAAUUGCGUAACAAACUUGUAUAAGAAGUUAAAUAUUAGUGUGUACAUAUUUUAUUUAGAAAUAUUAAUUUUCAUUACAUAUACUCUUUUCUUCCUACUUUGCCAAAGAUUGGAUUUACAUAACUUGUUGCAAUAGUAAAGAAGAUAAUGAAAUAAAAUUACCGUUUAUAAAAUUAAAUAUUUGUUAAUCAUAUGCUCACUUGCAAUAUGAUUAUUUUUUGUGUAUCUACGAAAUGCAUAAUUUUACAUACAACUUCUGUAUGAUAUUUCAACAGGUAAAGAAAUUAUAUUAUUUAUUAUAAUAGAAAGAGUGUUGCUGUGCAUCACUUUAUUUGUUUUUAAAUCUUGCCUGUAGAAUCAAACACAAUAUGAUCUUAAUUCACUCAGGAAAAGUAGGCAUUAGAAUAUUUAUGCAUAUUAUUAUUUGUGCGUUAUCUUGUUCUACCUUUAAAGUGAUUAUACUUUGUCACUUUAAAUGCCAAUAAUAUAAUUGUUAAAUAUGUACGCAUUAUACACACGUGAGCGUGCGUGAAAAUACAUGCAUAUAAUAAGAA